ACACCAUCCCCGAGUAAAGCGAGGGAUGCCAGAGUGCUUAGGCAGUGCAUGGACAGAUGCAGACGGAGAGAAGACGGCGGCGAAACCAGCUGCACAUUUACGGUGGCGAUGCUGUGCGGUUGUGACACAUCCUCCCAGGAGUGAUGGGCUCUAAGUUGACCAGACAGAGAAGUCUCGAUUUUGAUAGCAAAUUGUCAAAAAGGAGACGCCAGAGGAAUGAUAUUCCUGGAGAGAGCGAGAGGAGUGGCGGCAGGAGCGGAGACUUCUUGUUUACCUCCCUGAUGCUCAAGUCCGACAAGCUUCCAGGGAUGCUGCGGAAAACCAACCACAGCCCAUAUGUCAGGCGGGUGGCUUGGGUCCGGGAAAUCCAGAGGCUUCUCCGGGAGCAGAAGAUGGAGCAAGCGGGCGAAGUGCUGAAAGUGCUGAGAAAGGAUUUGGGACUUCAGGGAACGUCACUCAAUGACAUUUUGUACAAAAAUGCAGCGUUUCUAAACCUGGUGGACCCCAUUUCCCAUGAAUUGCUGCUCAGCCUUGCCCGGGAUCUGCAGUGUCCAAAAAGGGAGACUGACUCGUUCAAGUCUACUAACAAGAUAUGUCGCCAGCUGAUUUACCACCUGACCCCUCACUCCAAGUGGACAAGACAGAGCGUGCCCAGGAGAAAGUCCCAGGCCUGCCUGAAGACCACGCUGAAAAAGAAGCUUUCGGGAGACGUGGUCAACCUGUCGGGAAUCCCGCUCUCUGGCCGGGAUGUCCACCGCGUGGCCUUCUACCUUCAGAGCAGCAGUGACAUGGUGUCCGCCGUAGACCUGAGCUUCACUGAACUGCAGGACGAGAGCUUACGCAUGCUGCUGCCCUACCUCAGCUGCUUGCCGAAACUCACCAUACUUGCUGUUAAUGGCAACCGUCUGACAGCGGCCAUCCUGAAAGACCUGACAGAUGUAAUGAAGGAGCCCAAGAAGUUCCCCACGCUGGCCUGGAUUGACUUGGGGAACAAUGUGGAUAUCUUCACCAUCCCGCAGCCGCUGCUCGUGGCACUGCGGCGCCGCUUCGGUUUACGCAGCAGCCUCCCCACCAUCUACGAGUACAGUGAGGCGCAGGCAUUCGGUAGCUAUAACCCGAAUAUGGAGACCUCUGUGGAGGAGCCUAGUCUGUACGAGGAGGGAGAUAUAGAGGAAGAUGAUAGAGAGGAGGAGGAGGAGGAGGACAGACUGGAGCUUCAAGCCUGGGGCUUUGGAGAAGAAAGCAUGUCAAAAAAUGUGCCGGUGCACUUCUGUGGGAGGUGAUCGCCCAGAGCUGCUUUCUUUUUGACUGGCAGCCUUGCAUUUCCCUCUGUAUCACCUUGCUCCUCCUGCGUUAGCCGAUGUCAGUGUGGUAGAAGAUGCUUACAGUGACCCACACGUUUCUGAAAAUAACUUUAAAAUAAGUAAAUGUGCUGUGUGUCCCUCUGGAUGCUCUGACUACUAAAACUAAAUGUGAUGCAGACAGCUGUGUGUAAGAAUAUGUUUGUGGACUGAUUUAUCCUUCAUUUAUCCAGGGGAGUCUGAACUGAUCCAGCUUCCAGCGCUUCAUCUUACUGAAGUUGUGUGCUUGUCCCUCUUGGAAGCUUUCCGUUAUCUGUCAGUGUCCUCUGGAGCAGCUGUGGAUUAAGUGCCUUGCACGAGGGCACAUCAGCAGUAGCUGCUGAGGAAGAGGGGAGUGUUAUUAAUUCACUUUCUCCAAGCACAUCCUUUCUUUUUUCCAUUCCUUGCCUGAAUAUGUCAGGGUCUGAUAUAUAUGUAAGUAACUAUAUGUCCUGCAUAGGAAACACUUAAGAAACAGGAACAUUUAACUUACUUAGAGAAGAAAGAGUGUGGAAAGUAUAAGCAACAAGUUGACUGUAAUGAGUCGUUCAUCAGCACUCCUGAUCCAAGACUGUACACUGGGUAAUUAUUCACUAGAGCUAGCUGGAGACACUAUAUUAGUGAUUAGUUCAUAAUUAUCCACAAAGUGAGGAGUUUGAUUGAAACACAAAGUGAUAGAGAAGUAAUGAGGAACUGCUGAGGCAACACAGACAGAGUAACAAAUGUUAAAUAUUAAUUUGACAUUUUUAGUAAUGAAUGAGCAGUUAUUGUUUAGGGUUGAUGAAUAUUUGGAUCAGAGUUGAUGAAUUUAUGUAUGAUUAUGAACCAGUCCUCCUCCUCCUCCUCCAUCCCACCCAAUCCCUAGCAUCCUGUCACACCAGCCCUCUGCAAUUACUCCUUCACUACAUCUUUGAAUCUCUUUUGUGGUUUUCCUCUUUUCCUCCUCCCUGGCAGCUCCAUCAUUAGCAUCCUUUGUCCAUUAUCUCCACUAUCCCUCCUCUGCACAUGUCCAAACCAUCUCAGUAUUGCUUCUAACUUUAUCUCCAAACCACCAUCUCCAAGUCAUACACCACCGCAGGUCUCACUACCAUCCUGUAAACUUUCCUUUUCACUCUCGCUGCUCCACCCUGCCUGCACCCUCUUCUUCACCUCUCUUGUGCACUGCCCCUCUCUUUGGAUGGUUACCCCCAGGUGUUUCACCCAAUGAUACACUAAUAUAGUAUUUUCCGGCUGGUUCUGUAGGAAAUAAUUGUCAGAAGUUCGGGUGGGAGAGCACUGAUGAACGACUGAUUACGUAUCGGUUCAUUCCUGAGUCUUUCCUCUCUUGUUCUAACUAAGCAAGUUUUUUCUGCCCUUUAUUGUAAAAUCUUAGAGCUUUUUUGUGAUAUGUAUGUUUUAUCUGGAAAUAAAUUCAAGUAAUUCUGUUUACAUUAAAUAUGAUUUCAGUUUUGCUACA